AAACACAAAACAUCAUCGUUCGUGAGGAGCAGGCAGGCAGUCAGCAGAACUGCGAGCUCAAAAAUAACAACAAAAUCUGUGAACAAAAGAAAGCUACCACUUUGGCAGAUUCAUUAUAAAAAUUCUCCUGUGGAAGAAAAAAUCUACGACUUUUAUUCGUUUUGGUGUGUGCAAGUCAUUGAGCUGAAGUUUGUUUAUCGUUCGAAAUUGAAAUUAUGUCCCACAAUUGGUGUUAAGUGACUGUGAAGCGAAAAAAAAUACCUAGACCUUAGGUAGCUAGGUAGAAGACUGCUUGUGGUGAGGCUGCCUCUCGAAACUGUCGUCCCAUAUUGUGGCCCGAGCCAAUGUUAUCAGUAGUGGCAGAAAGUUUGGCCUAGCGAUCAUGGAUUACAUGUUGGAUGCAUACGUGGGCUACGACAUUGGUUCCGUCGAACCGGAUGAUAUUCCCAAAACCGAAGACGUCGUUUGGAUCCUGGGCAAGAGCUACAAUGCUACGGAAGACCUCGACACAAUACGCCGAGAUGUCCAGAGCCGUCUGUGGUGCACCUACAGAAGGGGCUUCGUACCGAUCGGAGGCUCCCAGCUCACCACCGAUAAAGGCUGGGGCUGUAUGCUGCGCUGUGGUCAGAUGGUUCUGGCACAGGCCCUAACCCAGCUGCACCUGGGGCGCAACUGGGUUUGGACACCGGAAAGCAACGACGAAACCUAUCUGAAGAUUGUGAACCGCUUCGAGGACAGUAAAGCAGCUCCCUUCUCGCUACACCAGAUUGCCCUGACGGGAGAGUCUUCUGAGGAGAAACGGGUCGGCGAAUGGUUCGGACCGAACACGGUGGCACAGGUUCUCAAGAAAUUAGUGAAAUUCGACGAUUGGUGCGACAUAGUGAUUCACGUAGCACUCGACAAUACUCUCGCCACAGAUGAAGUCUUGGAACUCUGCGUGGAUAGGUCUAAUCCGGACAGCUGGAAGCCACUACUACUCAUCAUACCACUGCGACUGGGCCUUAGCGAAAUCAAUCCUAUCUACGUCGAUGGCCUCAAAAAAUGCUUCGAGCUAGCCGGAAACUGCGGGAUGAUCGGCGGCCGUCCCAACCAAGCGCUCUAUUUCAUCGGGUACGUGGCCGAUGAAGCCCUCUACCUAGAUCCGCACACUGUUCAGCGGAGCGGCACGAUCGGUUCCAAACGUGACCCGGACGAGAAGGACCUGGACGAAACGUUCCACCAGAAGUACGCCCGGCGGAUCAACUUCAAGGGAAUGGAUCCCUCGCUGGCGGUGUGUUUCCUAUGUGCUACCAGAAAAGACUUUGACGAUCUGAUCCGGAGCUUCAACGAGGAUCUCAAUGGCGGCGGUUGUCAACCGUUGUUCGAAGUGACCAAAACGAGACAGGCACCGUGGACCCCUACGCCGACGUCGUCGACGUCCUCGCGGAAAAACAGCGAACCGAACGAAACGUUCAACGAAAUUUCCGCCACGGAAAUUCAGAAUGAAGAAUUCGAAGAGGUGGAAACCCGACAACUGGACGACUCGGACGAGGAGUUCGAAAUCAUCGCGUAACGGUUGGGAUAUAGUUGGGGCUUGUAUAAAGUAGAUCGGUUAGACUUUUACGAGAUAGGCGCAGGCGACGCAAGCAAACGGUAUCUUGAUGACACCAGAAUCUAGGUCGAAUCGGCUAUAUGAAUGUAAAGUGCUUUAAAACAAUGGAAACAGUAACAAACGACAUAGCUUGGUUUUAAGCAAACGCUGAUUCGCUGUGUACGCAGAUUUUGUUAGUUUGAAUCGGUUUGUGGUAGCUUCUAUUUUAUGUGUUUUUUGUUCGUUUCACCACUAUCACCUAGUUUGCUUCGGUAGAACAGGGAUACUACAGUUUUCAAUGCGAUUAUUUUCACAGUUUGACCUACAACAGUUUGUUCGAUUAUGACCUAGCUUCAAACCAUAUCCAAAUUUUUACAAUGUAUUUAGUCACAUUUUUAUCAUUAUGUAUAAUGAAAUAUACAAAUACUUCUCAUUGGUUACAACUAAUUUUGACUUGGAUAAUGAAUACAAUGAUUUGUAGCAAAAAAAAUGGAAAUAAAUGAUCUUAUUCUUUUCCACAAGCUUAAA